AUACCCACGAGCCUGGGCAAAGGCCUUCUAUCGACGUCCAUAAAACACGUGCCUAGGUUCAAAACCCUAACAGCGCGAGUUGAGUUUUCCUCGGCUGCAAGAUAUUCCCUUUGCAGUAUCCCAGCACUGCAUUUGCCGGUAAACAGCAGUCUAGAACAACAAUGGCGGAGGGAGCAGAUGCGGUGUCAGCGGCAUCAGCUACGGCAACCAUCGGGGUGAAAUUCACGUCUUCGGACAAAGCUGCUGGGCAGGUUUCGAUAUCUCUAGAGGGCACAGUUGGCGAGCUUAAGGGAGCUAUCAGGUCGCAGUUCGACGUCGAGCCGAAGCGCAUCAUCUUCCAGGGGCGCAUCCUCAACAAGGACGACCAGACCCUCCAAGAUUGCAAGCUCAAGGAUGGCCUUACCGUGGUUGUCCAAGUGUUAGCGCCUGGGGCAUCACCCUCGCCGUCGCCUGCCGCAGCUGCCGCAGCGACGGCGCCUGCCGCCGCCGCGGCGGCGGCGUCCCCUGCCACGCCGAAUCCCGCAGCCGGCCUUGCGGCCGCCACGCAAUCGAUGAGCGGGUUGGGUUUAGGCGCGGUUAGCAGCAGCCCGGUGGGGCAGGCCGUGGCGACGGUGUCUCGGCAGCCCGCGGGCGUGGCGCGCGAGUGCCUAACGACUCUUACCAAGGUGAUCGACAACAUCAAGGCACACCCGACCGAGGAGAAGUACCGCAAGAUCAAGAGAGCAAACGCGGGGUUCAGCCGGAAGGUUGGAGCGGUGCCGGGCGGGGAGGCUUGCAUGCGAGCCCUCGGAUUCGUCGAGCACGGGGACGCGCAAGAGAGCUGGCUCCUUGCCCCCAGCGAAGCGGCCUGGAACGUUCUUACCGCCGGCCGCGUAGACAUCCAGAGAGCUCUGGCAACCCUCCCGGGAGCGCCGGCGGCUGCUGGUGCGUCCACCGGCGGCUUCGCGGGGGGGUUGGGGGUGCUCCCUCCCCCCGGGGCGUUUCCCCAGGCCGGGUUCGGGGGCGGGACGGGGGGAGGGGGGAUGCCGGACAUGGCAACGAUGGCGAGGAUGGCGCAGAACCCGGCGGUGAUGCAGGGGAUGAUGAACGACCCUUCGGUGCAGGCCAUGAUGAGGAGUAACCCGCAGAUGGCGGCGGCGAUGCAGUCCGUGAUGGCCCGACCGGGCGGACUGGCUCAGGCAUUCGAAGCGAUUCAAAACAACCCGGCGAUGGCUCAGAUGGCCCAACAGAUGAUGCAGGACCCUACCGCUCUUCAGCGAGCCGCCCAGAUGGAUUUCGGAGGCGCCCUCGCGGCGGGAAUAAACGCCGCACCACCCAACGCCGCACAGGGUUUCCAAGCACCCCCUGCAGGCGGACAGGCGGGGACUCCCGCGGCACCAUCCCCUGCUGCUGGUGCUGCUCCCUCGCCACCACCUGCAGCAGCACCAGCGGCGGCGGUGCCCCCGGCCUCCGAAGGGGGCGGGGAAGCGGGGGAGGAGGGAAAGGAGAUGACGGAAGACGAGCUGAUUGCGGAGGCGAUUCGAAGAUCUAUGGAGGACUAG